AUGGACCCGAAUUCACCCGUCAGUGCCCCAGGCCUUUUCGAGGGCCGCUGUGUGCCAGAGCCAGCGAGCAGUGCAAACUGGUCGCUUUCGGCGCACUGUUCCGACAAGAACUUCGUAGUCGGGCGGGCAGCGCGCAUCAACGGCCUCAAUGCAUCCACUUCUGCCGCCGUCGGCAUGCUGGCCGUCAUCUUCUCGAGUCCUGCGUGGCUAGCGCUUUUCCAGGCCUAG